AUGGGAGGCCUCCAGCUACCAACCAUGUCAACCCUGCUCUCCCUUUACGCCUCCCUCUCCGCCGUCGCGAUGAUCGUCCGCACGAUCCUCAACGACAUGAUCCCCGAAUCGAUCCGGGAGUUCAUCUCCUGGAAAGCCUCCGACUUCUUCUCGUCCUAUUUCUCCCGAGACUUCACAUUUCUGAUCGAGGACCACUGGGAGGCCGUCGACAACGAGACAUUCCGCGCAGUGCAGGCUUACCUCCCGACCAAGGUCGGCCCCGACACCGGCUGCCUCCUCCUCGGCCACAACGACAACAACAACCUCCUCGCGGCGGCUCAAACCGGCGUCUCCGUCUACACCAGAAUCGUCGACCACUUCCAAGGCAUGAAGCUGGAGUGGACGCUGAACGAGAAGGAGGAGAGCAAGAACUCACACUACUACACUCCCAAAAAACAAUGGUUCCAGCUGAGGUGCAAGAGGAGCGACAGAGAUAGAGUCUUCGACGGCUACAUCCCCCACAUUUGUAGGACUGCGGAGGAGAUCUUCAAAGAUCGGGAGAUUCUCAGCAUCUACACGUACAACCGGGAGGAAUUCUAUUGGGAAUCCACCGUUUUCAAGCACCCUGCGACUUUCGAGACUCUGGCUAUGGAGCCAGAGCAGAAACAGGGGAUCAUCGACGAUCUCGAUCUCUUCGUCCGAAGGAAGGAAUACUUCCGGACCGUGGGGAGAGCUUGGAAGAGAGGUUACCUUCUUUGGGGGCCACCUGGGACUGGGAAAUCGACACUUGUGGCUGCGAUUGCCAAUCACCUCAGGUUCCACAUCUACGAUCUUCAGCUUCAGGGGAUUCGCAGUGACUUCGAGCUUCGCAGGGUCCUCACCGCCACCACCAAUCGGUCCAUUCUCCUCAUUGAGGACGUGGAUUGCAGCUCCAAUUCCACAAAGCCCCGUUCUGUUGAUGAAACUUUGAAUGAUGACGAGGAUGAGAAUCAUCCUGAUGAGAAGAAGCGCUCUUCUGAUAAAGGGGUGACGCUAUCUGGGUUGCUGAAUUUCAUCGACGGGUUGUGGUCGAGCUGCGGGGAUGAGAGGAUAAUCAUCUUCACGACGAACCACAAGGAGAAGUUGGAUCCGGCGUUGCUCCGGCCAGGAAGAAUGGAUGUUCAUCUAUAUAUGGGUCAUUGCACAGCUGCAGGGUUCAAACUGCUGGCUGGAAAAUACCUGGGGAUUCAGGACCAUGUGAUUUUCAAGAGAAUUGAGGAUUUGAUGCUUAAGAUUCCGGCUACUCCGGCCGAAGUUGCGCAGCAGCUCAUGGUAUCCGGCAAACCGGAGGUUGCUCUGAAUGGGCUGGUCCAGUUCUUGAAGGAAAAAGGCAUUGAGAUCGAGAAAAGCGAAGGGAAGGAAGAGUUAAGUAGCAAGAAAUUAUGGAGUCUGAUGAGGAAGUGGAAGAACAAGAAGAAAAGGAUGCGAUUAGUAGCAGAAGAAUAAGAAAUUUGAGAAGAAUUUUCAGCACAUGAUAGGAUCAGUUGCUGGUUGUUUUCUUUAGAUAGCUUUGUUUCUGGUUUGAUUCUCGGUUACUACUAACAAGCC